AUGUCGGUGCCGCCGCAACUCAUUCGCGUGAAGCGAAAGGCAACCGAAGAUGCCCCCGUCUCGUAUCUCCGUGUUCAGGAAAACAAGAGACAUCGCAGCGAGGUCUUUGUGUACCAACGCCAGGAUGAAAAGGCCGCAUUCGCCGCCAACAUUCCUCCCCAGGUUCAGAAGCCUAUCAUCCAUACCUCCAAGCCAGCAUUCCAGAGCGUCGCGAAACAAAACAUCAAUGCCAUCAGACCCGCGAGCUAUGACGGCCCAAGCAGCAACUUUUCCUGCGUCAGCGCCACUACAGGCCCCGACGCUGUUGGUCCCACCGCCGAACCUCGCCGAUUCCACAUGUCACGCAAGGAGAUGAUGCUUGCCACCUCCCCAUACCCUACACGAGCCCAUGGCGGCGUCUCCAAGAAGCGCCCCGCCCCGGCACUGUUUGUCGAGCGCAGGAUCAAGAGGAUAUCCUCUAGGACCGUCGAGAAACUUCAUGCCGCCACCAAUUCCACCGCACCGGCGUCUGCGUCUGCGUCUCCGCCCGCGCCUGCGCCUGCCCUUGCGCCAGUUCCUCCGCGUGAUGCCGUCACCGAAGAUAUGGACGUAGAUACACCGGAGCCUAGGAAGUUCAAGAAACCAGGCAUAGCGAAGCUUCUGCCCAAAGAUGAUACAUCCAAGUACAAGGCUGAACUGCCCAAGGCCAUGACGCAGCGCUGGAAUGUUGAUAUGGAUAAAUUGACAGCCGAAAUGGAUGCAUACGCCAUGGAGCAGAUAGGCCUCAACAUCCAGAAAGGUGAAGAGGAGAAGAGCAGGGAGGAAGUAUUGGCCAAGAGGACCCCAUCAAAGCUCAGAUUCAAGCCGAAACCGCCCGCAAAGCGAUAUGCGGAGCGACAUCCCGAAGAGGCGGGGAGCGCGGUAGACAAAGAAAUGGUGGACGCCGAUGUCGAUGUUAGCGACAGCGACGACGGCGAUUAUAUCAUUGAGACGUACGUCCGUGUUCCGGCGAGCAGGAUGGGAGACCAAGUACCACCUCAGAAAGUGGGGCUCUUGGUAUUUGAUGAAGAACCCGACAUUGAGUAUUUCUACGGAGAGGGUGACGAUAGCGACGAUGAGUGGGCCGAGGAUGAAGAGGACGAGAAUGCCGAGGACUACUAUACGGCAGACUAUCCUGACGACGAGGUUGCCUCGGACGACGAGUUCGGCAAGAAUCCGUACUCUUUUCGAAACGGGAACGCCUCGGAUCUGGAGGAGUAUGACGUGGAUAAUGAUACCGACGACUCUGCACCGGGCGAGCAGGAGCAGAAUGCAGCCCAGUUCAGGACGUACAUCGGUCCCAACGGACUUCGAUCUAACCACCUAUAA